ACUCAAACUCGGCCAGCCGACCGUGCUCUAGCCUUCUCUUCUCUCCCUCUCUCAUUUUUUUAACGCUCGUCUUUUGCCCCCUGCGCAUGCGUGUCUAAAGCUGCGAGGAGGAAUUUUUCUUUUUUUUAUUUUUUUUCUCUCUCUAUCUGUCUAUUUGUCGCUCUAUCUAUCUCUUUCUUUUUUGAAUCUCUAUAUCUCGAUUUUAUAUGUGAAUUCUUAUAUAUAGAAGUAUAAAUAUAACUAUAUAUUUAUAUUUAUAUAUAUAUAUAUAUAUUUAUAAAUAUAAUUAUUAAUAUCUAUUUAUGUAUUUAAAUAUUGCAUAUAUAUGUUAAGAUAAUUAUAUUGUAUACUAUUCUUUUAUGUUAUCUAUCUGUUAUAUAUUGAUAUAUAUAUAUAUUCAUAUAUAUCUCCUCUUUCUUUCGAUUUCUUACCACUAUUGAAGAGAAGAGAACAAGAGCGAGAUAAGGAAAACCGAAAGCAGCAGCAGCAGCAGCAGUGACAGAAUAUAGUAAAAAAAGGACUAGCAGAGAAAAACGACGACGAAGACGGCAAAAACAUUGAGGGGGAAAGAUACAGCUUUCUCGUAUUCUUUUCUUUUGAAAUUUUAAGAAUCAAAUCUUUGAAGGAGGAAAGAGGAGCAACGGAAUGAGCAUAAUAUUACUCCUCCUACUCCAAUUCGUCUACGUUAAUCGGUCAGUGGCUCACAACGCUGCUAAACUUCUUUUUGACGAAUUGAUGAAAGGAAGAGACUACAACCGCUUAAUUAGACCAGUGAGAAAUUCAACUGAUAUUCUUGAUAUUAAAGUGGGACUUCGAUUGGCUCAGUUAUUGGACGUGGACGAAAAGAAUCAAAUCAUUACUGCUAACGUCCUACUUAUACAAGAAUGGAGGGAUACGAAACUGGGAUGGAAUCCCAGCCAAUACGGCAACGUAACGAGGAUAAAUAUACCGUCCGAAGAUCUUUGGCUACCCGAUAUCGUCUUAUACAAUAACGCCGAUGGCGACUACACAAUUACUCUACGUACGAAAGCAACCGUUUCAUGGGACGGUACUAUACUUUGGGAGCCACCGGCCGUCUUUAAAUUCCAAUGCGAGAUUAAUAUUGAAUACUUUCCGUUCGAUCAGCAAGUCUGCAAAUUGAAAUUUGGUAUAUGGUCGUAUGACGGAACCCAAGUAGAUUUAAAGCAUAUUUGGACUGAGUUAUUACACAGAGGAGAAGAGGAUUGUAUAAAGAGCGGAGUAGAUCUAGAUGGUUAUUACCCUAAUCAAGAAUGGGAUCUUAUGGGCGCUCCUGCAAAAAAGACUCGCAUAUAUCGCUCACCAACGUCUCAUUCAAUGCCUCCUUGGAUAAGUGCAGUGUUUCUCGAUUUUCUACCUCCAAUACUUUUAAUGAAACGCCCUAGAUCAAAGAAAGAGGCAUCUAUAUGGAAAGAUGAAGAGUAUGUUCUUGGUCGAAAGCGGAUGCACGAUCGCCGCUUUAGGCAAGAGGAAAUUGUCUACGGAGAUGAUGAUGUAGACGAGGAGGAUGGGCUAAAUAGAGUUAGUUCAACAUUCGUUGGAGUACCCCGGGAAAGAAUCCAGUUAGCGAAUAAAUUGUGUAAAGAAUGUAACGUUCCAAUCAGGAAUCGGCGCGGCAAUUAUCCGGCGAACGUGCAAAAGGCGAUCGAUGGUUUGUUAUUUGUCACUAAACAUCUAAAGGAUGACGAUUCCCAAAGAUUGGUAAGAGAAUUUUUACCGACAGUUUAUUAUCGAUUAAUCGAAAGAGAAGAAUGGAAAUACGUAGCAUUGGUUAUCGACAGGCUCUUCUUUCUCGUCUAUACAUCACUUGUCUGCGUUUGUAGUCUGUCGUUACUAUUGCAAGCGCCCUCUUUAUUCAAUUCAGCUGUUCCGAUUAAUUCGACAGUCUAUACGGAUAAACUUUUUACCGACUCUAAUAAAGUAGAUCUUAAGUGCCCCAAUGCUUAA